AAUGUCCAAAACGACAAUGCUAGUAAAAUUUGCCGGUCUUGUCUUUGCAAUUCAACAAGCUAUCAGUCAACAAUGUUCUCGAAAGGAAUUCCAUUUAAAAUUCAACGGAAAGCUUUCUGUUGACGUCUAUCAAACCAUUUUCUCGGCCGAUGGAACAUCUUUUGGAAAUGCUAUGAAAAAAUGUAUCAACUUUUGUCGUGAUGAUCAACGUUGUAUCGGAGUAGAGGUGUGUGAAUUGAAUGCCGAGCUCUUCAAGUGUCGUGUUUGCUGUGAAUGGAAGAAACUGGGUAAUCACGCAGAAACACAACCUGGUUGCAAAUAUUUGGAAAUGGUUGAUGGAAACGGUGAAAACAUUGCAGAAACCGGCAAAUUGAGUACAGUUUUUAAUAGCAGAUACAUUGAAGAACACGCAGUAGAUGGUAUCACAUUAUGUAAAUGGUCUCAGAUAGCAGCCACUAAAUCAGAAAGAGCGCCAUGGCUAAGAAUCGGUUUGAAAAGAAACACUACGGUUUGGAAAGUGUUACUGUACAACAGACAGGACGACUAUGGUGAUAGACUGCAUGAUCUCUAUGUGAAUGUCACCGGAAAUGGAAUAGAUUAUCCGUGUGGCUUUUACCCUGGUCCAUCAGUCGUUGGAGACCGUAUUCUGUUUUUAUGCAAAAGCGGAAUCAUCGCCAACACUGUCACAAUCACGAUUCAAUUAAAGGAAGGACAAACUGAGAUCCUUAAUUUAUGUGAAGUGGAAGUGUUUGCUUAUCCUUAGAUUUCCUGUACUAGAUCUUAACCACACAGAUCAUUUAUUUUCCUGAUAUUAUAAUUCGAUCCAAUUUAACACAGAACAGCAGGAUCACACUCCGCUAAUUAUGUUCCCCAAAACAAAGCUUGAGAUUAUAUUGUAUUUUACUCUGUUUCUUUUUCUUCAGGUACGGUUAACAUCAUUAUUUGAAGCAGACACCGUAUAUCGUGGAACUCCUGAGUUCUUUCUCACAGUUUCUAACUUCGCCGAAACAAAGCAAGAUCUCUGCCUUUUGAUGAUAUGAAUUGAUAAAAGAGGCAUGCCAGAGUGUGAUUGAUAAAACUAAUCCUGCUGCCAUAAAAGUAGAUGGUUAUUUUUCUUGGUGUUCCAAUCAAGACGAAAAAUCUCACAAAUCUAUUUUUGCAUCACCAUUCUAAAUAUGGAACUCCUUUUCCUAUCUUUUGUAUUAAGUCUUACCGGGAAUUAGCUUGCAUGCUUUACAGGGAUUCCCUAUCAUAAGUUUCAAUUUUUUAACCGUACAUCACAUUAAUUAUGUCCGAUGUCUACCGAUUCAUCUUAGAAAUCAGUCUUCACUAGAAACAAGACAUUUGGAAAUAUCUGAAAAAUUCAAGAAAUAAAAUUUUACUGUUAGUAAAAAAAGUUUUCAAACAUUACUAUUGGCAAACCCCGUGAGCACGACAAUGUUUUUGUUAAAGGUGAUGGGGUAUGAAUUAACUUAACUGAAGCUCAAGCCGCAUUCAGACGCUGUUUGUGGUUGGACCAAAAUCAGCAGACUAAUAGAUGAGUCUGUAGCACUGUCUUUGAAAACAAAGGAAAACAUCAUGAAGAUACCGAUUCUGCUCAGAAGAGUUUUCGUGAUUAGCUUAUUCGGCUUUUGGGUACUAUGUCGCAAAUGGAAAAAUCCAUUAGAAGAGGAUUGUCAAAAUUUUAUUUAUUCUAGUUCCGAAAAAUGUUGUAGAAACUGAAAUUCCAAAUGAAAUAUUGAAAUUAGCAGUCAAAGGUAAUGAUGAAUCAAGUAUCGUAUGUUUGAAUACUUCAAACUCCAAAAUGUUAUUGAUUGGUUGAUUCUUUGGUUAUCGACGGUUUGUCUUUAGUAAACGCGAAGUAACCUGGGAAAAGUCGGACCUUUGAUGAUUCUACCAAUGUCAUUAUCCUUCCCCACAUUACAUCUCUAACACGAAAUCAUUUGAGGAUAAAUAUCCAGGGGCUGUGAUGUCUACGUGGAUAGUAUUUAGGGCGAAAAUAGAAAAAUAUGCAGUGUAAAUUCUGGACUAAACAUAACCGAAACACCAGACUACCAAAGUCAUGGAACGCUAAUUUUCUUUUAGUCUGAUAAAACAGUUAUGAUCUGUAUUUUAGCGGAUGCGCAGUGUGUAUAUACAUGUAAAUGAUAUGAGAUUUUAAGUGUUUAUGGGACGAAAUAUUGAUUGAAUAUUUCAAAACAGUACCUAAGAAAUUGAAAAACCCCUACGAGCAAUAAGAAAAAAUACACCAUUUUGAAAAUCAUGAUGGCCAUCUUGAAAAUGGCGGAAAAAAUGAAUGGACAACGCUAUCUAAUUACUAGACAAGGAACAUUCAUGUGGUGCUUGUGUCACCAAGUGAAAUCUUUUGACAGCUAACCGCUGCACUAAAUUCGAUUAUAACCACUUUCUUUCAAGAAAACAACCUUGCAUGUUCUGCUGUUGUUACCUUAUGUUGUUUUAUGAAUCAUUUUUUGCCACUUCUUAGUUGUUUAGUCUUUUGGGAGGAGAUAAAUUGUGUUAAUACACAACGCAGUUGUAAAGUCGAUGUCAGCAAUGCACAAUCUGGUGUGUUAUUGAAUUUGUCCACACACUCACACGAGCAUUUUUACAAUAGUUAUGUUUGUAAUAUUGAUAUUUACAGUGUACAUUACUUCACUAUGCCGUAUGUAUAUUUGUUCUGUAAUAUAUUCUUUUCCCGGUGAGUUGUCCAUAUGAAAUCCCUGAAGAUAGAAGAAACAACGAUGAAAAUAUGAGCAGACGUUUAAUAAUUAAGUGUAAUGCUAGACUUAAUACCAUUGUAAUUUUAUAGAGUAUAUCAUUGUUUCUCCUGGCAAAUUAGGAUGACCCAAUCUCCGCCCUUGUUUGUAAUUUAAAGUUAUUACAUUUUAUUCAACAGUUGUUUUCUGCAUUUCACCAUCAAUUUGAAAAUUUACUGUGAUGUGCUCCAUUUGUUGUUAUGUACAUAUUUGUUUUCAUUAUAUUAAAGCAGUAG